AUGAUCAGGCCAAACUUGCAGUUGUUAUCUGUGCUGCUUUGCGUGAACCCGUGCUUGGCGGCCGCGUGCCCGGCGGCGGGCCCCGGCGCCGGCGGCUGGCCGCGCUGCCUGGUGUCGCCGUCGUCCGGCGAGGCGCGCUGCCUCUGCCCGCCCGCCUGCCCCGCCGCCGCGGUGCCCGUCUGCGGCUCGGACGGCCGCUCCUACCAGACGCUGUGCCACCUGCGCAGGGACGCCUGCCUGCGCCGCGACCCCGACCUGCACGUGCUGCACGCCGGCGCGCCCUGCGGUGCGGCAGAGAAGUGCGCGUGCUCCGGCGGCGAGGUGUGCGUGUUGCGCGCCGGCCGCUCCGUGUGCGAGUGCCCCGAGUGCCCGGCCAGCCGCGGGGACGCAGACGUCGACGACGCAGAGGGCGGCCGGAGGGAGGAGGUGUGCGGCAGCGACGGCCGCCGCUACGCCAGCGCCUGCCUACUGAGGCGCGCCGCCUGCCUCGCCGGCAACACGCUCACCCAGGCCGCUCCAGAAGUCUGCCACUCUGCUGGCGACUCAGGCCUCCGGCCGACAGAGAACGCUGAACAACUGAGGCACUGCGAAUGUGACGGCAGAGGAUCCGUGUCGGACAGCUGCGACCCUACCACUGGGCAAUGUGUGUGUAAGAGAGGCUUCACGGGGUUCAAGUGUGAGCAGUGCCAGCCCGACUUCUGGGAGAGCCACGACGCGCGAGAUGGCGUUGAUGCGUGCGGAGGAGGUUUGGAGGACCGCGCCCCCCCGGAAGCAGUGGUGAAGCAGGCGAGGAAGGGCUCCAAGUCUCCACGGCACCUGCUGCCUCGCGGCCACAAGCGCAGCCGGCAGCCCUCCGAGCCUCACAGGGAGCCGGGCUUCAUGGCCGACCAGGCCGUCCAGGACCUGGGCUACCGGCGCUCUGAGGCGGUGCGGGCGCCGCCGCAGGUGGUGAGCGCGCGGGUGGCGGGGGCGGCGCUGCUGGGCGAGCCGUGCGCCGCCGACGCCGACUGCGCGUCUCCGCACGCCGCCUGCAGCCACGGCGCGUGCGCCUGCGCGGACGGCUAUACGCGCGCCACUGACGCGCUCUGCAUCCCUGAGGAUAUUCCGGCCUUCGACGGACACUCUUAUAUGCGGCUGAAAGCGCUGGAGGCAUACAACAAGCUGAGCAUCGAGGUGGAGUUCAAGACGUACGAGAGCAACGGAAUCAUCCUGUACACGCAGCAGGAGGAGGCCGGCACGGGGGACUACGUGUCGCUGGCCGUCGUUAAUGGGCGCGUGCAGUUCCGGCUGAACGUGGGCAACGGCCCGCUGGUGCUGGAGAGCGGCGAGCGCGUGUCGGACGGCGAGUGGCACCGCGCCGUGGCGCGCCGCUACCACCGCGACGCCGCGCUGCGCGUCGACGCCGGGCAAGAGGCGGCCGGACAGUCGCACGGCACGCACCAGUUCCUAGACCUGCGCCAGCCCGCCUUCCUCGGCUUCGUGCCCUCCAACUACUCCAGGGUGUACGGCAACGCGGGCGCCUCCUCGGGCCUGGUGGGCUGCGUGCGCGCGCUGCGCGUGGGCGGCCUGCGGGUGGCGCUGUCGGGCGCGGCGGCGCGCCGGGCUGCCGUGGCGGUGCGCCGCUGCCCGCCCUGCCCCGCGGGGGACCCGCGCUGUCUGCGGCCGCCCGGCUGCCACCGCAACCUCACCACAGGUGGUUCCUGCUCGUCCAGCCGGUUCGACCCCUGCGCCUCCAGCCCCUGUGUGGGCGGCUCGACUUGUGAGCCACUGGCUGGGGGUGGUUUCUUCUGCAACUGCAGCCGCGGAGCCGCCUGCGACACGGGGGGCAGCGCGUUCGUGGCAGCGCUCGACGGCAGUUCUUCGCUGGAGCUGGCGUGGCCCGAGGGCGCUGGAGCGGCGCUGUCCCUAGAGCUGUGGUUCCUUGCAGAGCAGCCGGACGGCGUGCUUCUGUCUGCUGGAGGGGGAGGACGAGGUGGAGGCGGAGACUUCCUGUGGUUGGCGCUGGUCGGCGGGCGCCUUCAGCUGCGCUUCAACCUGGGCAGCGGCGCCGCCACCGUCACGUCCCCGCAGAGGGCAGUGCUCGGCCACUGGCAGCGCGCUCUGGUGAGUCGCGCAGGGCGCAGGGCGUGGCUGCGGCUGGGCGAGGAGGAAGGGCUGCCGGCCGCGGGGGAGGCACCGCCCCCACUCGCCAGGCUCGACCUGCGCAGCCCGCUGCUGCUAGGGGUUGUCGACGCCUGGGGUGGCGGUAAGAGCUUGCGGCUGUCGGUGAACGGCCGCCUGCUAGAGCUGGGGACAGCAGCGGCGCAGGCGUCGCCCCCCGUGCAGCCGUGGCGAGGGCCGCCCUGCGCGCACCCACACUGCCUGCCGCGCUGUCAGCUCGGCGGCCGCUGCAGCCAAGGUGAGGCCGGCACGCGCUCGCUGCAGACGUGCUCAGGAAAAUGA